UAGGAGCACACAAACACCGAUUGCAUUGCAAUUUGGAUAGUCCGAUAUCGGAUCCAAGUUUCGACCGUCAUGCGACGGGUUCAUGUUCACGCUCUGCAUUCAGUUAUGUCCACAGGGUCUCUGUGCAAUGAAUGUCUUUCCUUUGUCUCGCUGCAGCCAAUGGGAUGAUCAUGUUGAUGCGACUCGGAUUCCCGGAGGGAUCAUGCGGCAACGGGGCCAUCAACAAAUGCUCACCCUGCGUAAGCGCCAGACUGUCUUCUCUUUCUUCCUUCACUGCCUCCACGAUGGCGUCUCAAGACGUCGCAGCUAGAUGUUACCCGACGUUCAAUACUCCAGGCGCCGACGCCGUUCUAUCCUCGCUAGACAGUACUUUAUACCGACUGCCAUCAUUCGUCUUGUGAAGGUCGACCACGUUCCUCGAUUUGAGCUCCUUCACUUUCGGACGAGACAGCGAGCCGAUCCCCAUCCAUUAACAAAAGAAGAAAGAUCUAAGGUU